AUGGAACCGUAUCCUGGUCCUAAUGCUAUAAGAAUAUUGAUUACUUCUGAUAAUCAUGUUGGAUACAACGAGACCGAUCCGAUUCAAGGUGAUGACUCUUGGAAAACUUUCGAGGAAAUCGCCACAAUGGCCAAAACGUACAAUGUGGACAUGAUUUUACAAGGUGGGGACCUUUUCCAUACCAAUAAACCGUCUAAAAAGUCCAUGUAUCAGGUCAUGAAGAGUCUGAGAUUGGCUUGUAUGGGUGAAAAGCCAUGCGAACUUGAGCUUUUGAGCGACCCUAGAGUUGCAUUGCAAGGAGAUUUCGACCACAUUAACUACGAGGAUCCUAAUUUUAACGUUUCCAUCCCAGUUUUCUGUAUUUCGGGCAAUCACGAUGAUGCGUCGGGCGACGCUUUGUUGAGUCCCAUGGAUAUCUUACAAGUGAGCGGUCUUGUAAAUCAUGUUGGAAAAGUGAUGGAAAGUGACAAGAUCGAGGUUUCGCCACUAUUGUUUCAAAAAGGUGUGACAAAGUUGGCACUCUACGGAUUGGCAUCGGUGCGUGACGAACGUUUGUUUCGAACUUUUAAAGAGGGCCAUGUCAAGUUUAAUGUUCCGGAAGGAGAUAUGGCCGAAUGGUUUAAUAUAAUUUGCGUGCAUCAAAACCAUACGGGUCAUACUAAUACGGCUUUUUUACCGGAACAAUUUCUGCCCGAUUUCUUAGAUUUAGUAGUUUGGGGACAUGAACAUGAAUGCAUACCUAAUUUCACGCAUAAUCCACUGAAAAAUUUCGACGUUUUACAGCCAGGUUCUUCUAUUGCUACCUCUCUGUGUGAUGCGGAGUCUCGCCCGAAAAAUGCUUUUAUCUUGGAAUAUGAAUCGGGCGCGACACCCAGAUUGCAUGUCAUACCUCUUAAAACUGUUCGGCCAUUUGUGAUGAAAGAAAUAUCUCUGAAGGAAAUUAUCGGGCUUAAACCGCACGACCGGGAGAGUAUUACCAAGUAUCUUAUACGCGAGGUGGAAAGUAUGAUCGAAGAGGCUAACCGAUCAAUCUCAGAAACAGAGGCAGAAUUUCAAAUGCAGCAGGAUGAACGUCGACUGGAUAGAACACUUCCUCUGGUAAGGUUGCGCGUCGAUUACAGUGCUAAAGGAGGUGACACAGACUUGGAUUACCAAGUUGAAAAUCCAAGACGAUUCAGCAACCGGUUUGUGGGCCGCGUUGCGAACACCCACAACGUGGUACAGUUUUACAAACGCAGAAAACAAACCGCGACUCGUAAGCGUGAUAGCAACGACAUCGAGUCUCUCGUUCAAGAACGAGAUGCCGACAAAACGGUUCAGACGCUUAUCUCAGAUCUCAUGACAUCAAUGUCGUUGUCGCUUCUGCCUGAAGUGGGGCUGAACGAAGCUGUUAGCAGAUUCGUCGACAAAGACGAGAAAGGAGCGCUAAAGGAGUUUAUCGACAGUGAAGUCGACAACGAAGUCAAACUUCUUGCCUCAAAUGACCAAAUUGCCAAUACAGAAGAUUUACAAGAUUUGAAGAAACUUGUAAAACAGUUACGAUCUACGAAUCCACAAAAUACCCCUCCACUUGAAAUGCAAGCAGCUGAACAAGCUGCUGCCGACGCCGUUUCGAGAAGCACACCCCUUGACCAAGAGGAAACUCCUCCAUUUUCAUCAAAACCACCAACUAAAAGGAAGACUUCAACAAGCCAGAAAAAGUCGCUAGUGAGCCCGCUAAUCGUCGAAUCGGAUGAAGAUAUACUCUCUGAUCAUAACGAUAAAUUUAACGAUGCCUUUGAGACCCAAAGAAAUUCCCCAAAACAAAUCGCUCUUGAAGAUUCAGCCCCGAAGAAAAAGGGCCGCAGGAGAAGAUUCAAUGAGCCGAAGGCUCCCAGAGAAACCACAACGACCAAGACUCCCAAGACGGACAUUCUGAACAGCUUGCUGGCAAGAAAAAGAGGCUAG